CAAGUGAGAAAGACGAUUUGAUUGCUAUAUUGACCCUUCUCUCUCUGUAUUUGGGGGUGGCGGAUUCGUUUAACGGCGUUUCUCCCUCCUUCCAAUGGCGAAUAACAAUUUGCAACACUCAGGUAGUAUUCCACCUCCAAAGCCAUGGGAAGGAGUCGGAUCAACAUCUGGACCUGCUCCUUUUAAACCCUCAUAUCCUGGUAGCACAAGUGAUGUAGUCGAAGCUUCUGGAACAGCAAAGCCAGGGGAAAUUGUCCCCACAAAAGAAGCAUCCACAACUAACCCAAAUGCAUUUGGAAGACCAUGGAUGCAUCAAAAUACAUAUGGAGGUGCGGGUUAUGGUUUAUAUGGAAACAACGCAUAUGGAGGAAGUUAUGGUUCUUAUGGUGGAAUCGGAUCCUAUAACACUGGUUUAUAUGGAGGCAACACUUAUGGAGGAGGGUAUGGUGGUAUUUACGGUGGUGGUGGCGGCAUGUAUGGUGGUGGAGGAAUGUACAACACUAGUUUUGGAGGUCCCAUGGGUGGCGGUUAUGGCAUGGGAAUGGGCGGUCCUGGUGGUCCUUAUGGUGGUGGUCAGGAUCCAAAUAAUCCAUUUGGUGCUCCUUCAUCUCCUCCUGGAUUUUGGAUUUCUUUGAUGCGUGUGAUGCAUGGAGUUGUUACUUUUUUUGGCCGGGUAGCUAUGCUGAUUGACCAAAACACUCAGGCGUUUCACAUGUUCAUGUCGGCUCUUCUUCAGUUGUUUGAUAGGUCAGGAUUGUUAUAUGGGGAGUUGGCAAGAUUUGUGUUUAGACUUUUGGGUGUUAAAACAAAGCCUAACAAAAUCCAACCCCGUGGACCCAACGGACCCCAUGGUCCACAAAAUUACAUUGACGCACCAAAGGGUGCACCUGUUGCUGCAUGGGAUGGCCUGUGGGGAAACAAUGCACAUAGUUGAUCCCUUUGAAGCAAUUGGGAAAUCUGGAUAGUUUUUUUUCCUUCUUAUUUUUUCAGCCUUAUUUGGUACUGUGUACAUGAUCUUUUUUUAGUUUGUAGUAAUUUUUUAGAUCAAGGAUCUUGGAUAUAAUGAU